AUGAUGAUUUCAAACCUAUUAGCAUGUAAAUUCAGUGAAGUAAGUUCAAUGCACAGGUUGUUAGUUCUCUGUUGCAUAACCGAUUGUUUCUCUGAACCGGCGACACGACCCCAUAAGUCACCACCCCAAACGAUACAAACCCCGACUCCUGCUCGUUCUCACUCGCAAUCUGGCUCUCAACAACCGCCUCUUAUUCGUCGAAAGCAACAACAACCUCUUGCUUGUCAACAUCAGAUUCCUUAUCUUCAAGAACAGCCUUCUCAGGAUCCACCAGAGACACAGUUCAUACCAAACCAUCAAAACCCUAAUAAUCAUGAAGAGGAAGAUGGGGAAGAAGAUGGGGACGAAUUCAAGGAAGAAGAUGGGGAGGAAGUCGACGAAGAAGAACAAAACCCUAAUGUCGACUACCAAGAGCUGUUGGAUCGCUUACUUGCCUUGCCAGGCCGACAACAUCUUAUGAUUCUGUCUCAAGAGCCUAUUCCAUGA